GAAAAAGAUGGAUGCUUUAGCAAUUCCACUGACCCCGAUUGUCCUACUACAAACCCUUUCGUUCCGUUUGUGCUAGCUGUCUACGCCCUGAUUGCAACGAUCUUUUUGAUCAAUUUUCUCAUUGCUAUUUUCAACGAUGUAAUUGCCGACGUUGAGGCAGCUGCCAUUGAGAUUUGGAAAUACGAUAGACUACUGCAGCUGAAUGAGUACAGCGCGCGCUUUAUUCUUCCUCCGCCAUUCACCUUCAUCGAGGGCUUCCUGAGGUUGUUUUGCUGUAUCUACGGAAAGGUAAGCGGCGUUACACGAGGCUCGCUAUCUAGGGGCAAAUUCACAGAUGACCCGGCGACAAAAGUGGACAAAGAAAUCACUGCGCGUCAUCAGGCCUUUGCCACAAUCGAAAGCCUGGCCAGAAUCGCCCUUUUGCAAGCUGAGGAGCAGGUCGUAGAGAAUUCCGUCCUAACUCGUCAUGAACGUAUGGAGACUAAGUGA